GACGAAGAAGACGAAGCCUGAGUCGCCUGAGUCCACACGUGUAUUGCGAGCAAAAGCGGUGUCAAAUAUUUAAAAAAAAAGCUCUGCUUGCAUAUAAAAGCUGGAGGAUACAUUCAAUUAGUUUUUGUCGUUAGAUCAUCGCAGUCUUAUAGUUCAAGAAAAAUGCCUAGUGCGAAGAGGAAACGACCAAACAUUUUGAUAACUGGCACACCAGGUGUCGGAAAAAGUACCCUUGCUCGUCAACUAGCCGAAAGGACUGACCUUGUUUGGCGAGAAGUUGGUAAAUUGGCGUUGGAAAACGAAUGUUUUGAGGAAUAUGAUGAGCAUUACAAAUGUUCGGUCCUGGAUGAAGAUAAGCUUAUUGACUGCAUGGAAAAUUACAUGAGCGAGGGAGGAAACGUAGUGGAUUAUCACGGCGCUGAUUUUUUUCCUGAACGGUGGUUCGACAUAGUAUUUGUCCUCAGAUGCGAUAAUACCAUACUUUACGAUCGUUUGACCAGCCGUGGAUACGAAGGAAAAAAACUGGAGGACAACAUAGAUUGCGAAAUAUUCCAGACAAUACUCGAAGAAGCUAAUGCAUCUUACAGAGAAGAAAUUGUCCACGAAUUGACAAGCAAUAACGAACAACAGAUGAAUGAGAAUUUGGCAAGAAUAUGCAGCUGGUUGGAAGAGUGGAACAAAAAUCAUUCGUAAACAUUUUUAUGUGAUAAUAUUGAUAUUAAUAAUUAUAGUAAUUAGACUAAACGUUUCAAAGGUGUUUGUAUAUGUACAUUCGAAUUAAAAUCUAAUAGAGUAAA